UCCUACUCCUGAAGAGUGACACGCCAUUCAAUCGCUCGCCUGGCCCUGCGCUCGACGGAUUCGGGAGGGAGCUCUGAGCGAUCUGGACCGCGCGGACAACAGUAAACACCGAUCCGACAGAAAGCGAGCACCUCGGCGCGGCUGCUGCGUUCAACCCGCGGAGAGAGAAAAGUCAUGGCGAUCCGAAAGAAGGCGAACAAGAGCCCGCCGGUGCUGAGCCAUGAGUUUGUCAUCCAGAACCACGCAGACAUUGUUUCCUGCGUUGCUAUGGUGUUCCUCCUCGGGCUCAUGUUUGAGGUCACCUCGAAGUUUGCCGUGCUGUUCAUAACUGUCCAGUACAAUGUCACCAUAUCAACAACCGAGGGCCUAGAGGAGACGGCCGUGAACCACUUCCACCAUGGCAUCAAGGACUUGGCCACCAUCUUCUUCUACAUGCUCGUGGCCAUCAUUAUGCACGCCAUCAUCCAGGAGUAUGUGCUGGAUAAACUCAACAGGAAGAAGCACUUCUCCAAAACCAAGCACAGCAAGUUCAACGAGUCGGGCCAGCUCAGCGCUUUCUACUUCGUCUCCUUCGGCUGGGGCAUGAGCAUCCUCCUCUCUGAAAACUUCCUGUCCAGUCCAGUCUCCCUGUGGGAGGGAUAUCCCCACACACUGAUGCCAUUCCAGAUGAAAUUCUACUUUAUCUGUCAGCUGGGUUACUGGUUACACUCUCUGCCUGAACUCUACUUCCAAAAGACAAAGAAGGAGGAUAUUCCGCGCCAGCUUGUGUACAUCUUCCUGUACCUGGUCCACAUUGCAGUCGCCUACAUUCUGAAUCUGAACCGCCUGUGUCUCGUCCUGCUGGUGUUGCACUACUGUGUGGAGCUGCUCUUCCACAUCUCCCGCUUGAUCUACUUCAGCAACGAGAACAGGCAGCUGGGUUUCACAAUGUGGGCCGUGCUCUUUGUCCUGGCGCGGCUGCUCACCCUGACCCUGUCCGUCCUCACCGUGGGCUUCGGCCUCGCCAACGCUGAGAAUCAGGGCUUCGACUUCGCAGCGGGAAACUUCAAUGUUCUCUUUGUGCGGAUAACUGUGCUGGCUGCCAUCUGCCUCACUCAGGCCUUCAUGAUGUGGAAAUUUAUCAACUUCCAGCUGCGCCGGUGGAGAGAGCACGCUCAGGUUCAGACCUUGAAAAAGAAACAAGUUCCAGCCAAGAGCAAAUCAAAGAAAGACAAAGCCAAUGGAGUAAAUGGAGUGAACUCCCAUGCAGCUGAUUCACCAAGAGCAAGAAAGGAGAAGUCUUCAUAAACACAUUCCUCUCAGCUAAUCCCAUCUCUCCCCGUGCCUCCUUGUCUGUGGCCAACCGGCGGAUCCUCCACUCCUCCGCCAUCAUUCGCGUUUUUCUGCUCCCACGCGGGGUCUGCCCUCCCAGCUGGACUUCCAAGGGCCUGAAUGCAUCUCGCUUUGCUCGCCGCCAGUCGUCCAGCACGCCUUGAUUUUGAGAAUCAUUGCUCUGCUGUGCCAUUUCCAAUGAGAAGAAAACUAAUUUCAAAAAAAUAAACUGUGGAGAAAAAAAAAAGACCGUUAUUUAAGAAGUGCCUAUUGAUACAGAUUGUGUUGUACAGGGUGUGUAAAUUUUAAAAAGUUCAGGAAUGAUGACUUCAGUGUUUCGUGUUCCUCCCGGGUCAGACCAUGCUUUCCCUAAAUACAAUGUAUUGCAGCUUGUGCUUUAUUUCUGUUUGUCCGCACAUUUGUAUUUUCUAGCUCAGCUCCUCUUCUUUUUCACCAAAUCAUGUUUUUGCAGUUUAGUAAAUUCCUUCUUAUUUUUCUUUUUGUUCUUUUCAUGACAGGAGGUUGUUAACAGUCGUGUUACAAUCUUUAGGAUACAAAAGCCUUCACACCUCAGACUGUCCAAACCCACUCAGCGAGGCAUUUUUACAGUGUUUUCACUUUGUCAGUCACCAACACACUUUAUAUGGAAACCGAGGUAGAAUAUCCUCAUGAAUAGGAAAAGCGGAGACAUCGCCCUGUAAUACUCUGAGUUGACGUGUUCAAUAAUUGGAGUUAGGAACAGUUUUUUGUAAUCGUGAAAUGAAGCUGAAUCUAUCACAGUCCCUCCUUGAUGCUGUUUGUGAAUAAACACACCUCAUGUCUUAGCUUUUUGAGUGAAAUAAGAUCAUUUUACUUGAGAUGGAAAAGACGAAAUCAGGCAAAACAUCCCUUUUGUCAGUGUGAUUGAACUUUGUAUGUCCCUCGUCAUUUGUCGUGAAAAUGGGUUUCUUGUUUUUCUUUGACCUAAUUGAAUAAGAAUGAUUUGUUUAAAAUAAAAGAUGUGGACUGGGA